AUGGUCCAAGAGGAGAAAGCUACUUUGAAGCCACCCCAAGAAGGAGAAACUGAAGAAACAAUCAAGGAAGAUCCCAUUCCUAAGCCCAAGCAGCUUGCCAAACAAGCAAGGAGUAAGACUAAGGCCCCUACACCAAAACCGCCCAAGGGAUCAACCAAGAUUGAAGAUGAGGCCAAGCCAAGAAGGAAGGUUAGAAAACCUAGUAGUGCCAAGGGACAUUCAUGGAGAGAUUGUCUAUCCAGCUGUGAAUCACCCACCAGAUACUCAUUGCAAGGAGAAAAGACUUGGAGGAUCAAGGAUGCCUCUUGUCUCCAUCUUCUCCUGAGCGCCAAGCCUUACAGUCAAGCUAAAGACUUAAAACAAGCGCUGCAUGGGAGGCAACCCAUGAGGAUAGAAGGAGAAAAAGGUGUGAAAACACAAUCCGCGCCAAAACAUUGGCCGCGGACGCGCAAAAGUGAAUUUGGCCGAGCAAUUCCAUUCGGGCCGACCGUACCGGUCGAUCCGGGAAGGAACGGCUCUCGCUCGGCCGGACACGAUCUGCGCGACAAAACCGUCCGUGCAGCACGCACGGACAGGAAGGAACAGGCCGCGUUCGGCCGGAAUGAGAACGGACCGACCGCCGUCGGUCGAUCCGGGAAGCAAACGAUCGGCCUCGGCCGAUUUCUCGUCCAUUCGCAGUUUGGCCGACCAAACCGCACGACCGCGACAAAUCAUCGGCCAUCGGCCCAAAUUCUCUCGGCCAAGAUAAAAGAUGAUGUUACAUGGUAUCUAAGGAAGCUUGGCUUGAGAAAGCUCUUCAAGAUAGAGUGCAGCGAAUACUCAUUGCUUACUAAGGAGUUCCUCUCCACAAUCGCUCUAGCCUUUCCCAACAACAAUGGAGGCCAACCAGUUGGUGAUGGACUCUUACUCUUCAAAAUAGGCGACACCAAUGGGCGCAUCUCAAUCUCGGCUCUAUGCCAACUCUUUGGAUUUCCCAAUGAGACAGCCCAUGACUUCAAGGAGAACUCAACAAGGAAGCAAGCUGUCUUUGCUGAUUGGACACACUUUGCCAAUGAACCAUUCUUGCCCUCAAAAUCAAAGGUGUCUAGAAUCACUCAUCCAGCAAUUCUCUAUAUGCAUCGCCUCAUCUCAAGCACUUUUCAAUGCAACCAAGAAGCCAACAAAGUCACAACUGAUGAGUUCUACAUCCUCACCACGCCAUUCAUCAAGCAUGAACAAAGGCCAACCUUGGUCUUUUGUUGCAAAGACACUCAUCAAUGUGAAGCAUCUAGCUAA